AAAUACCAAGGGUCAAGAGUUAACUUUUUAUAUUAUCUUAUAACCAUUGGACUAUCCAAAAAUGUUGGGUGCGUUCCGAUCCUUCAAAAGUAGUGCAUUUUCGAAGGAUUUGAUAGGGAUCCGACAACAAUUUUGGGAAGAACUGAAGGGAUACCUUUGUGUGUUUGUCGGGAAUCCUAAGCAUACGGAGGCAAUAAUGAAAUGCCUCAAGCACUUCUAUUGAUCUUGCUGGGAUCUGGACUCUCGACUCUUACAAUGUCUUACAUCUGAGAUGUCUUAUUUUCUCUUAAGAUGACGACAAAUUGGGUGUUAAUUCUUUGCUAUUUAUGCUAAUUGCAUAAGAAAUCAUUCUUCAUAAGUCAGUUAUGAAAGGUGGACUCAUUAUCCACUCAAGUUUCGAACCAUAUGACACUGGUCCUCGGGGAGUUGCACAGUUACUCGUUUUAAUCAUUCCGUCUGUCCGUCAAAAAGUAUGAUAGGGAUAAAGAAAGAAAUUCCCCCACCCUUUUAUUUGUAUUGCUCGUUUUUUAGGGUGUGUUUGGUAUGAAGCAAAAUGUUUAUCAUGGAAAAUAAUUUGGUUUCUUACUUGUUUUCUCCUGUUUGGUUGGUUAGUGGAAAAUGUUUUUCAGAAAAUAUUUUCGAUAAAUAUUUACUAGUGUUUGGUUGGUCAAGGAAAAACAUUAUCUAGAAAAUAUCUUUUUGUGUUUAGCUAGAGUGUAGUAAAUACUUUUUAGGAAAAUAGUUUUUGACCCGGGAACAAACAUCGACGAUUGAUCCGGAACGCGAACCCAACACCUGAACCGGGAUCCAACUUCGACCCCGACCCUGACACCCGACCCCAACACUCGACUUGGGACUCAACACCAACCCUAUUGGGAGUAGUGUUAAUUGGAGUAGUCUCAUUUCUCUUUCGAUUGGGUAUGUAGAAUUGGUAGAUGAUGUGAUGGAAAAGGUAUUAUCUGGUUGUCCUAAUUUGGAGGACUUGAAUCUGGAAAGUGUUUCAGGGAUAAAUCGUUUGGAAAUCAGUUCUGAGAAACUGAGAACGUUGUCGUUAGAAAACUAUGAUGAUAGUUUGCUCGAAAUAAUAGCCCCACAUAUUGAAACUUUGCAGAUUUGUGGUCCAUGCAGUGAGAUACGCAUCGGGCAGAGAAAUGUGGCAUCACUUGUGAAUGCAAUGCUUCAUGUAGAAUUUGAAUCUGAGGAAUCUUAUUUGAAGGAACUUCUUCAGAGUGUUGCCCAUGCCGAGACUCUUAAUUUGGGGAGCUGGUGCAUCGAGUGCCUGUCCAUCUUGGAGUUGGAAGGGUGGCAGUUUCCACCAUCAAGCCGGAAAGUCUUAACACUUGGCGUAGCCUUUGGACGGUUGGACUUCCCUGGAAUUUGCAGCUUUCUUCAGAGCUCGUUGGAUCUUGAGACAUUGGUUAUUGAAUGGUACGAUAACAGAGAAAGUGACCUGCUGUCAAGGUUAAACGAGGAUGAACAGACCAGGAGGUUUGAGACACAUAAUUUUAACGGCUCAUUUCCACAUCUGAAGACCAUCAAGUUCCGUAACUUUUACGGAUCUGUGCUGCCAUUGGUAAAAUAUUUGCUCAAGCAUGCCAUUGUGCUAGAAGAGUUUUUCAUUGAUGCUGCAUUCCAAGAGAGUGAUGCGUCUCCGGGUUAUGAAAUAAUGGCAUUGGAUUUCCUAAGCUUAACAAGAUCCUCUCCGCAUGCUAAAGUUCUUUUUUCUUAUUGAUAACCUUGAGCCCCUAUGGUUUGUGUUAAUCGCGACAUGCUUAAUAUCUGUUACUUUAUGUUUGAAACUGGUUUGAGCUGAUUGACAAGGCUUGGAUUGCGCUUGUCAGUAUCCAAGGAGUUAUUAGUAAGUUUUCAUGUCUAAGUAACAGUGUUCAUUCUCUAAUCAUCAUUUAAGAAAGAUUUUGGAAACA